UUGGCAUGUAUGCUUCAUGGAAUCAUGGUAGUUGAAUUCCUCGACAGGUAGCAGCGCCCAACGGUCUAGCAAUAAAGCUUGAAGCUACCAUAUAUAAUCACGAAAAUUAAGCAACAAUCAAUUCAAUAAUGCUGCCGGCACCUACUACCUUCACGGCCGUGAAUGUGACGCCGACAUACUUCUCACCGGUGAAGGCUACUCACCUCCGUAAUCUCCGCCCACUUCCAUCGAUACUUCAGCAGUUGGACUUGAACCGACGACGAUGGCCCCUCUUCCAUAAUCGGAGGUCAAUUCUUCCUGCCUGCGCUACUAAUGCGCCUUUAUUUGAUCUCAAAACUGGCAAAGGAAUGGAUGGGUUUUUCGAGAUUGAAUUGAAAGUACGUGACUAUGAACUGGAUCAAUUUGGCGUUGUGAACAAUGCCAUCUAUGCAAGUUAUUGUGAACAUGCGCGUCACGAGCUUUUAGAAACCAUUGGCCUGAGUGCUAACGCUGUUGCCCGCAGUGGUGAUGCACUUGCAUUGUCAGAGUUUUCUAUCAAAUUCCUUGCACCUCUUAGGAGCGGAGACAAAUUUGUUGUGAAGGCGAGGGUCUCAGACACCUCGGCUGUUCGCUUGUUCUUUGAGCAUUUCAUAUACAAGUUGCCAAAUCAAGAGCCUAUCAUUGAAGCUAAGGGAACUGCCGUUUGGCUUGACAAAAAUUACCGCCCUGUCCGUAUACCUCCAGAGGCGAAAUUCAAGUUAACUCAGUUUUUGAGGAAUGGGACAUCAAGUUGAUUGUAUAAAACCUCCUACUUUCAUAGUUCCAUUAAAUAGGUAGAAAAGACCGUUAGUGUCUCUUCAUCCCCCAAAUGGUCGGUCUGUUGUUGGUUUCUGAUUAAUGGACUGGUUUUCUACUGUAGAGUUUAAUUCCUUUGCUGAUGGUCUGUCUGUUGUUGGUUUCUGAUUAAUGGAUUGGUUUUCUGUUUUAGAGUUCUAUUUCUUUGCUGAUGGUUAGCUGUGAUUUCCCAUGGACUUUCCAUUCAGUUAUCUUGUAUUCCUAUUUAUUCACCUAACUUUACUAGAGUUCGUGUUUCAUUUUCUCUUA